AUGGAGAAAGAGUUAUUAGAACUGGUCAAGAUCCACACAGAUAAGAAUCCAGUUAACAUGCUUACAAAGGUGGUCUUGAGAGACAAACUCAAAGUAUGUAGGGACAUUGCUGAGAUGGACUUCCAAAUCUCUAAACAACAACAAUGUGAGGCAGACUUAUACAAGGAGGUUCAAAGUGUUCUUUUGGGUGGACUGAAGGAUCACCUGAGAACUAUCAGGAGAAGCAGGCGUAUUGUUUUUAUUAGCUGUGGCACAAGCUAUAAUGUUGCUUUAGCUGCAAGACCUAUAUUGGAAGAACUUUCUAGUAUUCCUGUUACAAUGGAGGUUGCUAGUGAUUUGUUGGAUAGGCAGGGACCAAUAUACAGAGAAGAUACAACUGUUUUUGUUAGUCAAUUUGGUGAAACUGCAGAUACGUUACAUGCAUUAGAGUAUGCAUUAGAAACUGGUGCACUAUGUAUUGGCAUUACAAAUACUGUUGGUAGUGCAAUUACCACGAGCACACACUUUGGUGUCCAUAUAAAUGCUGGUGUUGAGAUUGAUGUGGCUAGUACCAAGUAUCGUAUUUUGAGUUUAUCUCAUUUCCUCUGCCAACAAGCAUAUACUAGUCAAAUAGUAGUGAUGCCUAUGCUAGCACUGGCAAUUGGUGGCAAUACAAUAUCCAGUCAAGCAAGAAAAAAGGCUAUAAUAGACGGCCUAUUUGAAUUGCCAAGCAAAGUCAGGAAAGUGCUGAAGCUUGACCAGGAAAUGAAGGAUCUUGUGAAACUAUUGAUUGCUGAGCAACUGUUGCUUGUGUUUGGGAGAGGAUAUAACUAUGCAACUGUCACGACCUCAUUCCGCCCCUAG